GAAUUCAUUCAAAAUGUCAGUGUAAUUUGGUUUUUAGGUUAUCCAAAAUUUGUUGUUAUCAAAUCGAUUAAAUGGGACGAAUAGGCCACAAAAACAGGAAGAAAGUGGAAGUGCAAUUGAGUGGCCAUCAUCCUGAGAAAAAAAAUGUGAAAAAGCUUGGCAAGAAGAAGCCCCUAAAGAAGCACCACAUCUGCUCCCAGUGUCAGAGUCACACUCAUUCCCGCCCAAGGAUUCUAACUUCGAAGGUUUUCCACGACAACUGCUGCAAGUACAAGAUUCGUCCGCGACCCAUGAGAACCAACCAGUGCAAUCUGGCCACCCAGUGCCCCUCUCGCACGAUCCCCCUCUCUGCCUCUGUGCCACUCCUGCGACAUCCUGUCCGGCGGAAGGUGGUUCAUCUACCGGAAACCGUGGUCAUGGACAUGCGGAAUACGGAGGACGCCCGCCGAGUGGCGGUCGGUAAUAAAAAUACCCUUGUCCGAACCAUUCUCCCAGUUCCGGACACUGAAAAUGGACGGAGUCUGGAGGAACUUCGCCAAAUAGAUCUGAGGCCACGGCAUGCUUAUAGAACGGGAAGGGAAAGACCUGUACCCAGCGACUUGGAUCUCUAAGAGUACUUCCUUGAAUAAGGAAAUAUGUUCCUUCUAUAAAGGUCUUUCUUUUCAAUGAAAGCUAAUAAAUAUUACUUCGUUUCGCA